UGUCAUAACAUCUAGUUACACGUCAGCUUCCUUCGCCGGCGAUUAUUACAAUCGCCAACCUCGCCGCCGGCCAGAGAGUAAUGGCAUAUCACCAACCGUACGAUCCUUACUACGUCUAUCAACCUCAUUCUCAUCCACAUCCUCUUCCGCCGCAGUUCUCCGACGAACCCGGGGCAAUUAACACUCUCUUUGUCUCUGGCUUGCCUAACGACGUUAAGGCUCGGGAGAUCCACAAUCUCUUCCGCCGCCGUCACGGAUUCGAGUCUUGUCAGCUCAAGUACACUGGACGCGGCGAUCAGGUUGUGGCAUUUGUAACAUUCACGAGUCAUGGGUUCGCUGUGGCUGCAAUGAGUGAGCUAAAUGGUGUGAAAUUUGAUCCUCAAACAGGAUCAACUCUACAUAUAGAACUAGCUAGAUCAAACUCUAGAAGAAAAGAAAGACCAGGAAGUGGUCCUUAUGUUGUGAUUGAUAACAGAAACAAGAAGCCGUCUAAGUCGCAGGAUGACCAGAGUGAUGAAGUAGAUAGCGAUCCUGAUGAGGCGCAGGAGUCUGGUAAUAGCGAUUCUCCAAAGGAAAACGAUAAUGCCAAAAGUGAAGCGGACUCUGAUCAAGAUAGUAAGGCACCAUCCACGAAUGUACACUUGGAAAAAGCAUGUGAUGGAGGUUCUGGUGCUCGACCAUGUUCGACCUUGUUUAUAGCUAAUCUAGGGCCUAAUUGUACAGAAGAUGAACUUAAACAACUCCUAUCUAGAUAUCCUGGUUUCAAUAUCCUGAAAACUAGAGCAAGAGGUGGAAUGCCGGUUGCUUUUGCUGAUUUUGAGGAUCUCGAGCAAGCUACUGAUGUCAUGAAUGCACUUCAAGGAAACCUCUUAUCUUCUUCAGACCGAGGCGGCAUGCAUAUAGAAUAUGCAAGAUCGAAGAUGAGGAAACAGUAAAGAUUUUCACAACCACAAGCUUCACUUCUCAAAUGGAGAAUGUGGUCGGUAAUAUACCAAAUUCCAAUAGUAUUCUCUUCUGAAAUCAAGAUACAGAGAUUUGAAAUCUCCCCUGGCUAUUUGUUAUCAUUAAGAUGGUUCCUCUUCUAUUCUGAAAAUUAAUAAGAAAUAUAUGUGUAGAUAUAAUUUAAUGAAGACUCCUCUUUACUAUUAA